AUGGACCACGCGAGAACAUGGGUUGGCAACAAAAGACGUAAACUGGCCUCCAAGGUGGAACAAAAUGGAGGCAUGUCUCAUUCCUUCUCCAGUCACGGACUCACUGGGGGAUUACUCUCCAAUCACUCAUUAGCUGGAGGUUUACUGUCCAAUCACGGCCUGGCUGGCGGGGCGCUGCUUCCUGCUGAACUGGCUGCGGCGCGCAACAUCCAGAACCGCGUUCACCUUCUGCCCCCAUCCUCAUCCUUCCCUUCUUUCUCCUCGACAUCAUCCUCCCCUUCCUCUUCCUCUCCCCACAGCAACGGAAGCAACAACAACAACAACAAUGACGUCAUACUGACCGGGAUUUACUCUCUAAACUCUGCCCCGCCUCCCAGGCCGAGACCCUCAGCCCCGCUAUCUCAGUCAGACUCCGAACUUCCAGCAAACACAUCCACCACCUCUCUGAUCAGCCGGGCCCUUCAGAGCAGGAACAGCUCCACUUCCUCGCCCCACCACUCCAAGCUAGUGUCGCUUACUCAAAACCUCCCCCCCCUCACGUCUGCCUCAGGGCCUUUAGUCUACACUGCAAUCAGGAAGGGAGCUGUAUCCCUUGUGGAGGCGGGGCUAAGUGCAGGAGCAGGGGUGAUACCUCACAGCUGGACCAGGCAGUACGGUGCAGCGCAAACCACCCCCUGGUCCUCUUCCUCACAGUCCCAGCCUCAGCACAGACCUCACUCCAACCCCCAACCUCAACUUCAACCACCUGCCCCUCAGAAGACUCAGGUCUCCGCCCCAGUUCAAAACUGCGGCCCCUCCUCCGAACAGUCACCUCGUAUCCAGCAGGUGUUCACCCUGUCAGAAAUAAGCAAGGGAGACAAGCUCAAGCCGAGUCAUGCGUCUGCCCCGAAAAGCCCGGAGAGUCAUAGGCCGGCGCCCCACCCUCUGGACGCCAGUCCCAACUUCUCCAUCGCCAUGGAAACUGGGUAUGAAGAAGACGAGUGGCAAAGGGAAGAGGAGUUGGCAAACAUGGCCGCUCAGACACACAUCCACAGGGAGCGGACGCCAACCAGCCCGAGCGGGGCCGAAGUGUCAGUUGGGAGAGGAAGAAACACCCCCCCGAUGACGAGCUCCAGACCCUCAGCGCUUCACAGCAGCUACUCCGUCACAGCACAGACCUCACCUCCAGGGGAAUCUAGCGCACAGACUUCAGUCGGUGUGUCUGCUGCCCCCUGGGUUAUCAGCAAUUCCAGAAAAAGAACACUGCAGGAUCGGACCCAGUUCAGUGAUGGGGAUCUCCUCCAACUGAAGCGCUACUGGGACCGAGGCAUGACCAGCCUGGGCUCAGUGUGCAGGGAAAAGAUCACCGCCGCUGCAAACCAACUCAAUGUAGACACUGAAAUAGUCAAGGUAAAGCAACUCAAAAGGAUUGGAUUUGUUCUAUUACCGGUGUUAAACAAAUACAGAAAAAUCUUUAAAAAGCGUAAGUUCCUCCUUGGGUUACAUAUCCUCAGUACCCUUGAAACUAAAGAGAUGUCUUGUGGACUUAGCGAGUUGUGAGCCUUAUUCACAAUGUCUAGCCACUUGUCUGUGACAUUUAGUGAAAACAAGACCAUUUGACUCGUCUGAACUUUAGAGAGCUGAAAGAAAACAGGAAAGAACUUUUGUAGGUCAUAGAAGUUUUAUGACUUACCUACGUAAAGUUGUGUAAAAGUCACAGUUAUAUAUCAGCGCUACAGUAGGAAUGCUGAUGGACUAAAUAUAGCCUCUCAGUCCUGACACACACAUGACCCGUGUGCGGCCAUCUCACUUACUGGGGAGAUUAUUGUGAGG